UACCCGCGCGGGCUUCCGUACAUCCACGUGAUUGGUUGUUUUCUUUUCCAAUGAUCUCAUUGGCUCCCUUGGCCGAGGUACAUUUUCUAAGCGACAUCCUGUCACAACAGUUUCCUUCUGUUAUAACGACGAAGGGACCACUUCUCUAACAAAAAGCCUCCCCGCGUUCACCUCGCUCGUCGUUUUGUUUCACGGACGAAACUGACGUCGAGGAGGCAGCGAUGGACCUUUCUCUUCUUUUCGCGGCUCUGCUGCUCGUGAGUUUCCGCUCAGCUUCGGCGGCCGCGCGCCCGCACGUCGUCUUCAUCUUGGCGGACGACUUCGGCUGGAACGACGUCGGGUACCACGGCUCGGAGAUCCGCACCCCGAACCUGGACCGGCUCUCCGCGGCGGGAGUCCGCCUGGAGAACUACUACGUCCAGCCGCUGUGCACGCCCUCCAGGAGCCAGCUGAUGACCGGCAGGUACCAGAUCCACAUGGGCAUGCAGCAUCAGAUCAUCUGGCCCUGUCAGCCCCACUGCGUGCCUCUGGACGAGAAGCUGCUGCCUCAGCUGAUGAAGGAGGCCGGGUACGCCACGCACAUGGUGGGCAAGUGGCACCUGGGGAUGUACAAGGAGGCCUGCCUGCCGACGCGCCGCGGCUUCGACACGUACUUCGGCUACCUGCUGGGCAGCGAGGACUACUUCAGCCACGUCCGCUGCAGCCGCAUCGACGCCCGGAACCUCACCCGCUGCGCGUUGGACCUGCGGGACGGAGAGGAGGUCGCCGCCGGAUACGGAGGAGUUUACUCCACCGAGGCGUUCGGCCGGAGGGCCACCGACAUCAUCGAGAAACACAACCCCGACGAGCCGCUCUUCCUCUACGUGGCGCUGCAAGCCGUCCACGAGCCGCUGCAGGUGCCCGAUCGCUACCUGGCCCCCUACAGCUUCAUCGAGGACCUCCAUCGCCGGCGGUACGCCGGCAUGGCGUCGGCCAUGGACGAGGCGGUGGGGAACAUCACUCUGGCUCUGCGGCGGCGAGGGCUUUGGGACGACACCGUCCUGGUGUUCUCGACGGAUAACGGCGGUCAGACGCUGGGGGGCGGCAGCAACUGGCCCCUGCGCGGGAGGAAGUGGUCGCUGUGGGAGGGAGGGAUCCGGGGGGUCGGGUUCGUCGCCGGCCCGCUGCUGAAGCGACCCGGGACCGUCUGCCGGGAGCUGGUCCACGUCUCCGACUGGCUGCCGACCCUCGUGGGCCUGGCGGGGGGGGGCACCAACGGCACCAAGCCGCUGGACGGAUUCGACGUGUGGCGCGCGAUCAGCGAAGGCUUCGCCUCACCCAGACUGGAGCUGCUGCACAACAUCGACCCGCUGUACGUGGACGUGGCUCAAUGUCCCGGCACCGGGCGACGGGUAGCUUUGACCGAGGGGUUCGGCUCCGGCUUCAACGUGUCCGUCCACGCCGCCAUCCGAUCCUCCAACUGGAAGCUGCUGACGGGCUACCCGGGUUGUCCCGUUUGGUUCCCGCGGCCGGGCCACAACGGCUCGGGGCCCGGGUCGGACCCCCUCCCCGGGCCCGGGUCGGACCCGCUGAAGCCGGUGAUGCUGUACGACGUGGAGAAGGACCCCGAGGAGAGGAACGAGCUGUCCGCCGCCUUCCCCGCCGUGGUGGAGUACCUGCUCCGCCGGCUCCAGAAGCACCAGAGCGCCGCCUCGCCCGUCGACUUCCCCGCCGACGACCCCCGCUGUGACCCGGGCCCCGCGGGGGCCUGGGGCCCCUGGGCCUGAGCGCCGGAAUGAAACACAGCAGCAUCUCGUCCGUGGGAGAAGAACCGGGACGUUUAUUCUCCUCUCGGCUUAAAGGCAGAAAAUCGAUGGUUCCGGUUUUUGAUGAAUUUUCACACGAGACCAAACCGAUCCGGAUGCUCUCGUUAUUAUUGAUCGAAUAAGAUGCCUACGAAGGUUUUAGUUACAGCUCUCAGGGACCCCCCCCCCCCCCCCCGCUGCUUCAGGUAUUUGGUCUGUCCUUCCUGUAGGAGACCAACGUGCUUUUAAACAUUUCACCAGACAGACUGUGGAGUCUCUGCAAAGCGAGGCACUAACUAGCUAACUAGUGUGUGUGUGUGUGUGUGUGUGUGUGUGUGUGUGUGUGUGUGUGUGUGUGUGUGUGUGACCAAGCAGCUCCUCAUAUGUUGUAAAUAUGUCAAUGUGUCGCUGCCCCUAAACACACAUUAUCCUUGCGUUAAAACGUGUUGCUUUAAAUGAAGCGAGCUGUAUUUUUCUAUUCCCGUGUGCCGACGCGUCGAAGCUCAAGGAGUGAAACCCGACGCUCAUUUUGCUCUGAAAACAAUAAAGAGGUUUGUGAAACCGACCGAAA